AUGCCCAAGGAUCGUCGUGUGCCAACAAAAAAUAGAGAUUUAGAAACCUGGCUUUACUCAGACCCCUACGAAUCCGCUGUUGCGGUUGGAAAUUCUACAAAACGUCGAAAGAAAUCUACUUCAAGGGUUCAGGUGAAAGGAAUGGAAGAUAUUUCCUGCAGCAGCAACAGCAGCCUUCCUCGUAAUCUCUCUGAAAAUCAGCCCAGCCCCACCACAAUUCCUGACCUCAUCCCACCUCCUGGGCCUCCCCCUCCGGUCAGCUGUGCUAAAACUGACACCAUCUUUGCCCAGAAUCCUUUUGACGACCAGCCACUAUCCAGGGGGAAUAUGCAAAACAAACAGCUGAUGUCUCAUUCGCAGGCCGUUGGUGGCCCUCCAGGUCAUUCGGGUAAGGUCUAUCCGCCAAACAAAUCAAUGGUAUUCAACCCAGCCAACCCAAAUGCACCUCCAAUCUACCCAUGUGGAAUCUGCCACAAGGAAGUGCAUGACAGUGACCAGGCAAUCCUCUGUGAGAGUGGCUGCAAUUUCUGCCAUGAUGAGGAACCUAAAACAUCCCCUAACAACAACACCAGCAACAUCUCUGCAGUCGUCGCAUACUUAAAUGUAUUCUUCGUCUCUCAUUCCUAUUCCCAUUCCCAUUUAACCUCACCUUCUCAUAUCACUAUACCUUUUUUCUUUUCCUUUCUCUCCUUUUUCUUUUUCUCCCCACCCUUUUCUUUUUCUCCCCACCCUUUUCUUUUUCUCCCCACCCUUUUCUUUUUCUCCCCCUUCCCCACUUUUCUCCCCAUCCCCCACUUUUUUCACGGGUAUUGGCUAAGUCUGGGCGUCUUUACAGGAACCACUCCCAGAACUCUUCUCAGGUCUCCCCUAUUCCUCAGUCCCACUCAUACCUCCCAAUCCAGGAACUCUUCAGUUUACUCCCCUACUGACUAA